UUGCAGGUUUCAUCCGACGGAAAUGUCACGCAUUCUACUCUGACCUUCACCCCUACGCUUGCAGACCAUGGAAAGACCCUGACGUGCAGAGCAGUCAAUAAAUUUAUUGACGCAGCUGUUGAGGAAGACUCGUGGAAACUGAAUGUCUUUUUUGUCCCAAUGCUCAAACUAGAGCUCGGUUUAAAUCUGAAUCCUGACGACAUCGAAGAGGGUGAUGACGUGUAUUUUGAGUGCAAGGUGCAUUCCAACCCCUGGGCAUACAAAGUCGUGUGGAAACACAAUAGCCAGACGGUGCAGCCUAACCAGAAAGGCGGCGUCAUUAUGAGCAACCAGGCGUUGGCACUGCAAGGGGUUCGACGCCAACAGGCAGGAAACUACAGCUGCAUCGCUUCAAAUGUGGAGGGUGAUGGGGAGAGCAACACAGUGGAACUCCGCGUCAUGUACAAACCGAUCUGUCGACCAGACCAGAAGCGUGUUUACGGAGUAGCACGGCAUGAGAACGCUCAUGUGGUGUGUGAGGUAGAGGCCUACCCAUCUCCCGACAGUUUCAAAUGGUCCUUCAAUAACACAGCCGAGACGAUCGACGUAGCUCAAGGCCUCUACAAAACUGCGGCUGCUAACGGUGGCUCAACAACCUCGCAGUCCAUGCUGACGUAUACGCCCAUGACGGAACUUGACUACGGGACCGUCAUGUGUUGGGCCAGCAAUACUGCGGGCCAACAGAGAGAACCAUGUGUCUUCCAUGUUAUUGCAGCAGGCCACCCAGACACACCAUUCAACUGUACUCUGCUUAACCAGACUACGGAGUCUUUGGAAGUGGAGUGCGUGGAGGGUUUCGAUGGAGGCCAACCACAGUACUUCCUGCUUGAAAUGUUCGACAUGCAGACGGGCCAACUGCAAGCCAAUGUCUCCUCCAAGUUCCCUGUGUUCAGCGUCAGCGGGCUUGGUCCUGGCAUGGUGCUCAAGAUGCUCGUCUACGCUGCUAAUUCAAAAGGGAAGAGCGACCCAGUCGUCGUCGAGGGUUUCACUCUUAAAGUUGCCGAAAAGCAAACUGGGACUCCGGUGCCUUUCGAACUGAACCCAGUCCUGGGAAUUCUGAUCGGGGUUGUAGCUGUGCUUCUGGUGGUCGCUAUUAUUAUUGUCGGCGCUCUGCGUCUACGAGCUCAGAAUAGAGGGAGUCCUGCUCGUCCCGGCGACCUGACGCUGAAAGAGAAAGCGGGGCUUCCGCUCCGUUCCGACGUGGAGGACCUUUACGAAAUGGACGACAAAAAUCCUGACGUCAUACCCUGCAAUAAAGACUCAGACUACCAGUUGGUGUCUGAGACACAGACGCCAGGCAUAAAUAACCAGACGCCGCCUGAGCUGCCCUCUUACGAUGAACAUCCCAAACGAAACAAUGUUUCCAGGAACGGAGACCUUUUCGAAAACUUCAAGAAUAACCGGGACAGAUGCCCUCCACCGGGUCAUUCGACGUUGGAGGAAGUCACUUAUGCAGAACUGUGCCUAACAAGGCCCACGAGUCUCCAGGAUCCAAAACUUGUUGGUGGCAAUUGUAAAGUUGGCACUGGGGUAGUUCUGGGUGGCGGCGGGCGCCCGUCAGGCGUCGUGAAGAGCAGAGAGGAGCCAACCAUAUAUGCUCAGAUUGACCAUUCGCGGCGCCAUCAGCCGCCACCGCCCUUUCCACAGGGAUGCGACACUCCACAGCUCACUGCACUGUCACCCCUGGUGUCUCCUGUCUCUUGCGCUCCUCUAGCGCACCCAGCUCUGCUACAUCGCGAGAUAGUGACUGUCAGAACCCCGCUCAUGGCUAAUCAACAAGAAAGUUGUGUAUAGCCUGGUUACUAUAGCAACAGGAGAAUACUAAAUCUAUAGCAACACGGACUGGUAGAAAAUUUAAUGUAGUGUUUGGUAUUGCAUUUUCUUCGAAAUUUGUUUAAAUUGCUUUGUAAAUUCAAUAUGAACACGGGCAAAAGUAACAUUGUACAAUUUGUAGUACCAGAAGCUAUUAGUACGUCAUUACGGCAGGACUUUUUUUUUUCAAUCACAACAUCGGUCUGAACUGAAAACAGGUCACAAAUACGAUAUUGAAAAUAUGUAAAAAGGUUCUUGUCAUCUGAGUUUUAUAUUUUCGCCCGAUUUCCCAGCAGUGUGUGACGGCUGAAAGAAAAUACCGAUUAUAGUAAUUUACUGAUUCUACUAGGGCGCAGUUACCUAGAUGAAGUAAAUUAUUCUUAAUCCGUCUAACUUUAUAUCCUAUAUAAAAAUAUGAUUAAAUAAGCGUUUAAAUGUAUAAUCCUCUAAUUUAAUAUAUAUAAACAUUUUUAAAGUAUUAAUUAUAAACUAAGAAUAUAAUUAGCUUAAUAAUAAGUAAAGAUCGACAUUUUAAACGGUACUUUAAAUUGAGAAUAUUUUUUAGCAAACAAUAUUUUAAAAUCUCUUGGUGAAAUUUUAUGCGCUUAUGGUGUUACUAUUCAAAGGAAUCAGAACGUCUUCUUGGAAAGGAGUGUUGGGUCAUUGGAGGCGUUAGUUAUAGUAUGUCGCAAUUUCGUGUUAUAACAAAAUUCAAUAAUUAUAUGUAUUCUAUUUUAACACGUUAAAAUAUUAUUUGCUUUGUUUGAUUGUUAAUAAAUGUGUUCUUUAUAUAUUUUUCAUUCUAGUGUUAAUACCAGUAUCAGUGAUUCCAGUUGAAUGUUUUGUCUUGAGGAUAUUUUCUUUUCAUCCUUGUUUAAAUUGUUCUGCUCUAUAAGCAUUUCAUAAUACUUCAAACUUACUCUUCUGAAUAAUAAUUAAAGCCUGCAACACUGUUUCUUUAGACUGCAGGUUUUUAAGCAGAUCGUCUGGUAAUUUGCCGAAUUCAAGCAAGAUUAUUUCAUAAUAACACGCUUGUCCACCGUCCCACACACAGCUGCUGACAUGUUCCGUAAGUAUUUAAUCUUGAUACGAAACCACUGCUAUAUGUACAGUAUUAUCCUCAAGAAAUUCUUGGAAUAAAGUGAAAUCAGCGCUAGUUCUGUAUCUCCAUGGAGAAUACAUUAUUCUACCUCAAGUAAUUCACGCCAUGCGUUAAAAUAUGGAAGCAUAUACGUAAAUUAAAAAUACCAAAAAUAUUUCGGUAAUAAAGACUUUUAUCUGAAAUAUUAUUUCACAAAUUUUGUUUUCGUCUCUCAUAUCUAUCUUUAGUUCUUGUGUAAUCUUCUUAACUUGACAGCCUUCACAAAAUCAACUUAAAAAAUACAGCUAUGAGAACGUUUUCUUAAGUAGAAUAAUCAAUUGAAAUUGCGUGCUUAUUUCUUACGUAUGUUUUAAAUACUAUUAGUCCAGGCCGAAUUGACAAAUAUUUAACAUAAAGACCUUCACAUUUAAAUAAUAACUUUGAUUGAAAUUUAAGAUUUUAUUGAAUACUACAAGUAUUUACAGUGUUGCAUUUGCACUUCGACCCGUGUUCAUAAUAAAUUAUUAUAUAACGCAAAACUAAAACUUCCAAGAACUUUGACAAGUGAAGAAAGAAUGUUGGUUUAUAUAUAACGCAAGGUAUGUGAAAUAUUUAUUGUGCUUACUUUUAUGAACCUGCUUUAAUUUAGAAAUAAUUAAUUAAGAAGUUGAUGAAAAAUCAAUGUAAACAACGCUACAUACUUUUACGUGAGAGAAGGAAAGCAUAAUAUAUGUAAGUUAUAAAUCAAUAAUUAAUUAAUUAUUUUAAGAAAUAGGCCUACAAUAUUAUUGCUUCGAUAACAAGACACAACGCACAUAUUAUAGCCAAACAGACAUUUAUUUCAGAAAUUUAUAAUUCGUACUUCAUUUUAUAAUCAGUGUUUGCUAAUAAUGCGAGAGGGAAGUAAUAAGUUUUGUUAAUAUUGUGGUGUUUCAUUUCUAUGUUUCUUUCAUUCUUCGGCUAUCUUUUGAUGUGUAUAUUUGUGUGGGAUGAACGAUUGAGAUUUUAACAAAUGCCGCACGAACUUCGUGUGUGGAAUCUUGUACGUAGUAAAGUACGCAUCGAUUUCUACCACCACUUCGCGUGAUGAUAAUAUACAAAACUAUUCGUUCACCAUGGUACUUCGAACAGCAGUCCAUUUCUUCCAAUCUUCCAAGAAAGUUUAAAUAAAAUUAAAGGUGAACUUCUACGUAAUAAGAAAGUUAAAGAUGUAGGUAAAAAUCAUUGACAGAACAAUAUAAAAAGUUUUUAGUGAAAAACACUUAAUCCCGUCCAUGAAGGGAGUUAAUUCUUGAGCGAAUUUUUGCUAUAUUUUUCCCCUGUUACAUGUGUACUUAAUCUCUGAACUUUUUAAAGAAUGAGCAGCAGAAUAUUUAGUAUGAUUUUUGCCUCAGUAAGUUGGAAAUUUCAAGGCUUGUCCUCGUUCACAUUGAUGUUAAAUGUGGCUGUUUGUGGAAAUAAAUAUGCUGUAUAUUUAAAGAAAAUAUCAAUAUCUUCUGCGUAUUUAGGUUCGUACUCAUUUCAAGACGUAAGUAACCUAUUUUUAAAAAUAUAAAUAUUAUUAUAAUAGUGGCUAGUUUUUAUGAUGAAUAAAUAUAUAAGUUGUUAAUUAAAUUUCGGCCACAUGGUUACUAAGUUAUGGUUACGAAAAAAAAAAAAAGAAAUAAUCAUUUUCCGCUCUACUGUUUAAAGCGUCAUUGUCUACAUUUAGUCCCUCAGAAACCACAGGAAUUUAUUCCACGGACGUGAGAAGAAACUUCGUUCUCUUUCGUAGCAAGUCCCAUUGCAUCUCUGUGAACAGGAAUUAUUAACAUAGUAUUUUGUCUUAAUUUUUAAUUUCCAUAUUAUUGUUACAUGUGACUUGAGAAUUUCCCAUUGUAAAUAUAUUUAACCAGUUGAUUAUAGUAAAAUGAAAUUAAAAGAGACAUAAUGAAAUAAAAUAUAUAAAAUCUGUUUAUGCGAAAGCCAAAUGGCUUGCAAUAUUUUGUAUGGUAAGAUUAGGAACAGAGUAAUAGGCCUAAUCACAGAUAGUUUAAUUAUUUCUGCAACAUCCAAGGAGAAUUAUUUCCGUGUGUGCAGAUUUUAUACUGUACUUACUGUGUGAAAGGACAACAAUAUAUCCAAAUAUACGCAUUCUCAAAAUAAGUGUUCUGCAGCCUGCUAUUGUACUAGUUGUGAAUACACACAGAUUUGGGUAUUACACUUUUCCCCUCUUUACCCUGAUACAUCUUCAGUAAUUACAGCAGAUGAUGGUUUUAUAAGAUGAGCAUUAUAUCAAGACAGAUAUAGUGGGUGCGACGUAAAAGUGCCAUGGAGUUUGAAAAUGACGAACUUAUUGGCUACCAGUGUUUAUAUAUUUGUUCAUUUCACAGGACAGUUAAAAUAAAACUUUUGAAUGAAUGAGAGUUUUUAUGUGAAGUGCUACAUUGACUGUUCAACGUCUGUACUGGAUUAAAUCACAAAUGAUUACAUGCAGUUAAAUUUAAUCGUUCCGUAAACAAUUUUAAGAUUAAAAAAAAGUAUUCAGAUGCAUUUUUUAUGUAAAGUGCCACAAAUGUACCGUAUCAUAAGUGAAAAUAAGAGUAACAUUCAAUAAAGAUGUGUUAUUAAA